UCCGCGCCUGUCUAGCCGCGCGGCUAGGAUCCGCUCGGCGAGUUGUGAAUCUGAUGGCAUGGCGUUAAUUACCCUGCGGAGAAACUUAUGUCAUAUAUCUGAUUUUUGGAUACCUGGAUCUGUGGCUGCUUUGAAAAUUUACCCUGCCGAUAAUCACGUCCGGAAGAUAGUCAAAGAUCGUCUCCGGGUUUGGUUCUGUUCCCUACAACCCGAGCUGUUUGGGGUCAGGUUCCAUCAUUCCUACUGUAAAAACUUCCACUCAGAAAAUGGCAAUGAUCUUCACCCAGUUGCCGAGCUGUGGUUCUCUGGAGAACGUAAGUGGAACAGGCCGGAACAAAGUCUUAAGAAUGAGGAUGAAGAGACACCUUACAGGAGACUAAACAGCUGCACCUCCCCAGAAGAAGUGUUGAGUUUCAUAAGUACCCUGGACACUCUGCCAGUUUCUGUGGCAUCAGCAGCCUUACACAGGGUUUGUGAGGUGGGGAAAGGAUAUGACGAGCAAAGGCUGCCAAAAGGAAUUUUAGAAAACAGCAUCUUCCAAGCUUUAUGCUGUCAGUGUGAGCGGGAUCCCUCACAUCUGACCAGUGCUGGCUUGGUGACAGUUUUGCAGUCUCUGCCCGUGGAUCCUCCAAGUACCUUAAUGCUGAGCCUUGUGGCAGAAUGCCAGCGUCGUCUCCAGGGAGGCCGCUUGGAAGCCCACCAUCUUUGUAUGCUUGGGGAGAGCCUGGUUAGACUUCAAGGUUCAGGCUGUGAGGCACUGGAACUGGUUCUUUGUCAACUGCAGUGUGAAAAUUUGAAAACGUUUGCCCCAGAGGACAUUGUGGCUGUUUAUAGGAUUCUGCAGGCAUGUCCUGAAAAAGUGGACAAACACCAGGCAUUUCUAAAUGCAGUCAACAACUUUACCCUCUCAAUAGUUCCCUACCUGAGUCCCAAGUCCGUGAGCCAUGUGCUCACUGCCUUGGUGGCUCUUGACCAGACUCACGCCCUUCCACUGGUUAUAAAAUUGGGCAAGUCCGUUGUGAGAUACAUUCCUCGUUUUACUAACGAAGAGCUUAGGAAGGUCUUGGAGGCCUUUCUGUAUUUUGGACACAGUGACAGGUUUCUCACGGAGGCGUUAGAGCGGCAUGUAGCUGCCCUGUGCCUCUCCCUGGACCCCGAUGUCAUCAGCACUGUGAUGGAGUACUGCAGUAGAAAGCGGAUUCUUUCUAAGCCCAUCCUCAAUAUGGUUGCUGAGACUUUUGUUUGCCAGUCAGAAAAAUUCUCACCUCGUCAGAUUGCUGAAUCAAUCGAACCGUUUGGAAAACUGAAUUAUUUGCCACCAAAUGCCCCUGCUUUAUUUAGGAAGCUGGAAAGUGUGCUGGUCGCUCGUUUCCAUCAUUUCCCACCACAGUUGCUACUGAAGCUUCUUCAUUCAUGUUCGCUAAUUGAAUGCCACCCGGUCAACUUUAUGUCAAAAAUAUUCAGCCCCUUUUUUCUUCAACGGCUGCAAGGUCAAGGUAAAGAGUCAUAUUUGGACAAAGUGAGCCUGGCACAAGUCACCCAGCUUUUCAUGACCUCAGUCCUAGAGUGCGCUUUCUAUAAGGGCCCCAAGCUCCUUCCUCAGUAUCAUGUGAAGUCGUUCCUCACGCCAUGCUGCUCCCUGGAGACCCCUCUGGAUCUCCAUCUUUACAAGUCUGUGGUGACUGGACUGAUUGAUCUUCUGGGAUCGAGAUUGUAUUUUGCAUCAAAAGUGUUGACACCCUAUUGUUACACCAUAGAUGUUGAAAUUAAAUUAGACGAAGAUGGAUUUGUAUUGCCAUUCACAGUGGAGGAGGAUGUCCAUAAAAGGUUCCCUAUCAUGAGCUGGAGUUGCUUACAUCAAGACUUGAAUUGGUGGAGUAUUUACAAAGGAAACUAUUUUCUCAAAGCUCUCCUGUCCAUUGGUAAUAAAGGAAACCGGCUACAGGAUUCAAGAGUGAAAAACGAGACAAAUGACUCUGCUAGUCAGCUACUGUGUGGAAAUGCAUUUACAGACUUGGGGUCUGAAAAGGGCCUGUGGCUGUUCUAUACCGUGUAUAAGUGUAUUGGUGGUAAAUUACUAUUUAUGUGUGCAUUAGUGGGAAAUUUAAAAACCUAAUGGCGAUGUCAUAGGUGCCUUGACUGAAUCAAGCAGGGUCAUUCAAACGCAAUAAAGCCAUGUAAUGAGAAACAGUUAA